GCGGCACUUCCAUCGUGAAACGCGUGUCUCCGCUUCGUUCCUAAUUUCUCGACAGCCACAGAGUGUCGUUAAACAUCCCUCGUUGUCAACACUGCGGUUAACACUGGUUAAGCUAUUUUUAUUCUUUAUUCCUUGUAUCAAGGUCUCGAGUGUUGAUCGUGUUCGACUAAUCAGUUUGGAGCAUCGAAAAACUGUGCAACAGGUUUAUUUCCAGUUGUUUCACAUCUUGUUGUAUUUAUUCGUGCUUUCUGCAGAAUUCGUUCAAAGUUUUUUUUUUUUUUUUUGGGGCGGGGCAGGGAGAAAUUAUUUAUUUUGUUGGUAGAAUCGACUGAAGUUUUUCGAAGAAAGUGAAUUUCUAUCGCGCGAUCGACUGUGCGGAAUUUCCUUCGUUCUUUUUGGUGAAGACGAAUUGUUUUUGAGAGAAGAUUACCACGAAGAUUCUUGAGUUCUCAAGCUCUGCGUCCAAUACAGGAAUCUAAGAUCCUGGAAUAACAUUCUAUUCCGAGUUUGAUCAAGUUUCUGGUUCAACUACUCUGAAAGAUCGGACCAAGAGUCUGAAAACCUGACAGUUUAUCGUUUUAAAAGUUUAACGAAAUUUUUACUAGGAUUACGCUGAAAUAAACAUCGAACGAAAAGUUUGAGCAAGAGAGAUACUCGGAUCAAAUUUUCGGUCGAAUUAUUCGGAAAAUAAGAUUCGAACCAAGGAAUCUAAAAUUCCGAAGCUGUAAUAUCGUCCCGAUAUCUAGAAUUCUUGGAACCUAAAUCUCUAGAAAUUUCCCUGCAAAAUAAAAAUCCGUCGAAUUUGGAAAACUCGAAAGAAUCUUCAAAGAAAUCCGAAACACUGCAAUUUUUGGCACACGAAAAUUAGAAACUAAAGGUUUGAGAAGACGAUUUUUAGACGAGCAGACAAUUCGCAGGCUGCGGCCGAAAUCCUCGUUUUUACAAGUUGGCGAAAAUUUCACAGAGUUUUGAAACGUAUUGGAAGAACGUAUUGGAAGGCGAGGGGAAAAAGUUGGAAGAAUUCGAAGGAGAAUUGGAAGGAACGGUUAGGAAAAAAGAAAAAUCGGCGAGGUUGUCUCGAAGGCCAGCUACCUGGCACAGAUAAUCGGAGGAGAAGAAAGUUUCGUCUGGGUGCUGUAUCCGGUUAAAGACGUCGCCCACCUUCCUCGAUCGUGUGCUCAUCUUCGAUCAAUCUCGUAAUUCCUCUUUCAUCGUUCUUCGGUUUCUUUGCUCGUGGGGAAUUUCUGUGAAAGGAGAAAAAAGAGGAAAGCGAAGAGAGAGGUUUGGAAGCAGGAAUGCCGGCCUGUUAAUGAUCUUCGCGCGCUUCUUCGCCGUGGAAACGGAAGGAAUGAGAGGCACCGCGGGUGAAGUUCCACGGUGCCGAUUGAAUGGAGCUACUCCCAAGUGGUUUUGACCGUUUCUCGUGUUGGAUGACUCGUCUCUCUCUCACGCAACACGAUUGGACGUCCGCGUGAGUGGAGCCGGGGCCACAGAGCCAGCGUGUCCCAAUCGAUACGCAGCUAGUCGAUCAGCAUGAAGUGGCAGAACUGUGGCGGCGUAGGGUCCAGGUGCGUCAGACGCGCUCUGUUGUUCGUGUUCGUCUGGGGCCUGGUGAUGAUCGCAGCGGUGCAAUUCCGUCAUGUGGAGAACAGCCUUAGAGAGACACCAACGGCCGAAGAGUCCGCUAACGAGCUUCUCCUCGACGACAUCUAUCGUCGACGCGAGAUAAUGAAGAACCGUGGCUCUUCCAGUCUUGGUCUCUCCAGAUACCUCUUGCAAAGAUCCUCAGCAGACUCCAGUUUUUCAAAUUCCGGUGGUUCCAGCCUCUUAACCACUUUGACCACCAUAUCCAACAAUCCAACGAAAAAUCCUUCAGAGUUGGAGCCAUUGUUGGAUAAAAGACCAGCGAAAACGGAGGAAGAGUUGAUCGAGGAAAUAGAACAGAGGAUACCUAGUCUGCCUUUAGCUUACUGGAACAAGAACAGCAAAUAUCCUGCUGGUCAGAGCAAGACUAAAGGCAAUUAUAGCUGUUCCAAUCUGAAAUACCCCUCUAUCUACGAUAUAGAGUUUAAUAACGUUUACUGGCAAACGAUGCGGACCGGUAACGGCACGUUUCAAUUGUUUGGUGCUUACUACGAUCGUAGAAAGUUGUCGAGAAUAGGGCCAGCCGUUAGGAUCGUUGGGAUGAUUGAUAGAAUCGAGCCUAUUAUAAAGACUCGCUGUCAAUUUUGGUACGACGGAGAAAGAGAUCCUAUCAUUGUCGAGACAAUGGAAUAUAAAUACAUCUGGUACCCUAAAUGGGGUAACUACAAACAGGGAAUCUAUCAGCCGUACGUAAUUGCCUGCAAGAUCCCCCAGUCUCAUUGGUCAAAGGGACCUCCGGCUUCAGUUUCUAUGGUAGAAAAGAGCUGCGACACUCCCACCAAUAAUCUUAGAGUCAUAUACAAUAAGCCAGAACGUAAAAAAGAUUUUGCUGUCUGUGUGAAAGGUCUGGAUUUCCUUCACGAGGAUUUGUCUGUCAGACUGGUUGAAUGGAUUGAGUUAAUUAGCCUGUUAGGCGCCGACAAGAUCUUCUUCUAUCAGCUCCAGGUUCAUCCUAACGUGACAAAGAUUCUAGAUCAUUAUCAGAAAUUAGGGAUGGUCCAUGUGACCCCGCUGACGUUGCCUGGUGGGCAACCUAACGUUCCUGCUUUUCAACACAUGUAUCUGACAAAGAAGACCAAUCAUAAGAGACAGAACGAACUGAUUCCUUAUAACGACUGUUUGUACAAGCAUAUGUACGAGUAUGAAUAUAUUGCUUUAUUGGAUGUGGACGAAGUGAUCAUGCCGGUGAAAGACGCUACGUGGCAGGAUUUGAUGAAGAGGGUGCUGCAGAAAGCGUUAAAGAUUAGAAACGAGACUAGGGCUUCGUAUAACGUGAGGAACGUGUAUUUCCUCGACGAUUUGCUGCACUCGCAUGGGUACUUUAAGGGCAUGCCAAAGUACAUGCAUAUGUUGCAGCACGUCUAUCGUUCGCAAAACUUCACGAAACCUAAUCAGUACAUCAAGUGCUUCCACAAUCCGGAGAGGGUGGUGACCUUGCACAAUCACUUCCCUUUGGCGUGUUUGGGCGCCGGUUGCACCAGUUACCCCAUAGAGACUGAGGAUGCUCAACUUCAGCAUUACAGAGCCGAUUGCGUGAAAUCGUUGAAGAAGACUUGCGUCCAAUAUCGUGAGAACAGCGUGUUAGACACUACGAUAUGGCGAUACAAGGACCAAUUAAUCGAAAGAGUCACCAGGACGUUGGAAACUCUUGGUUUCUUUGGACCGAGCUAGCGAGAAUCAGGCUUCCUGAGUUUCCAUUUCGUGUGCUAUCGACGACGAAGCUUGAAACCGUUUAGAAUCGUUUCCUCCGUUCGUCUCGUUUCUCCUUCUAUCGAUUUCCUUUAAAACGGUCCAAUGUGCAAAAAGUUUGCUACUCGAAUGGUCGCUAGGAACGCGUUUGCUUCGAUUAACAAAGAAUUUUUGUCGAUUCCGAUGUUUAACUACAAAAAUUGCUUUCUAUAAAACUUUCCAUUCGGAACCAAAGUACGACGAUGCUUUGACGAACAGAAUAUAUCGAUGUCUGAAAUAUUAACAAAUACCGUACCAUAUUCUAGUUUCGUGUUUUUACAAAUACUUUAAACAAAUUAUUUCAUUAAUAAUUUAAAAAUCGCUUAUUUGUCUCUUAUAAAAAUAUCACAUAUUUUCUUAUUGUUAUGGAUUCUUCGGAAUUCGACAAAAACUCGAUGUGCUGUAGGAAAAGAAUCGGUGGUUAUGACAACGAAGCGUCGUGAUUCACCGACACGUUCGAGGAAGAAAAGGCUGUGUAAAUCGGACAGAACGUACGGCGACGAUUAGAAUAAUCUAUAGGAUAAGGAUAAGGAUAGCGUUAAUGAUUUCUCAAUUUGUGCCACUGGACGGAAUGUAAACUCGAUUCGCGGAAUCGUAGAUUGGAAACAUAACCUCUUUGCUCAACGCCCUUCGAGAUAGCCACGAAUUAUUUGGUUCUCGAUUAACUAUGCUGUCACGUGUGUGAUACGCUUUUUACGAAAUCGAAUAUCGUCAAACGAACGCAAUUGAAAGACUGGCAACUAAUUGCAGUUGCACUUGAAAUUCGAACCGAGGGAAACCUGUUUCGUCGUGUAACGCGAAAUAUUUUAUUUCCAAUAAUCAUAUCGUUCGAUACAUCGAAUUUUAUCAACUAGAGAAAUUCCAAUUUUUAACAAUUUGUCCAAUGUAUCGCGUACCGUUAAAUAAUAUAAUUCAAGUAUUUGGAAAUAUUUGGAUAUUAAAUUGAAACGAAAGAAUUUGAAUACUUUCCGAGCUUGAAAAUUCCGAACCUUAAAAAGAUAGAGAUUCUGGCUAUUUUUUAAUAUCCGAAUAUUUACAGAAUUUAUUAGAACGAAUUAGUCGAUUUCUUAAAUUAGCGAACGACAACCGAAUGUUCGAUUAGGCGAAUGUUUCGAGUAAUUUGAAAAGUCAUAUAGUAUUCGACUUGCUCGAAAAAUUCGAGAACCGAAGAGACGAGAUUAUCGCAUUAAAGGGAACGCUGAUCAUGCCGUAUAUUUCGAAUUUGAAAGAGAAGAAUCAAAGAAACAAACGAUCGAAAACGAGAACUAUAAAUAGCGAGUGUCGAAUAUUUUCAAAUUCGCAACUCGACGACGUAAUCUGGAUACGAAACGAGUUUAAACUUAUUAAUUUCAACGAUGAAAAUCGAUGAAGCUUCGUUGUAUUUUUAAUCGUACCGUAUUCUAGCCAUUUAUCGUUCUCUAUCGAGCGCUCUUUGUAUCGAUCGAUUGAAUUUACAUAAAUAUAUACAGACAUACGAGGAUAGAAAUAGGUUAGACGUUAACGUAUUUCAUUGUAAAAACGGGUUAGAGAGAAAAAGGAAAGCGAUGAAUCGAUGAAUCGAUAGAUCGAUAAAGGAUGUCGUCUCGUUUCUUCUUGUUGGAUCGAUCAUGUGACAGGAAGAUGCAUUUACCUAUAGGCGUCUGUUUAACCGAGUUGCACGAUCGUGUUGUAGGUGAAAGAGAUUAUAGUGAGAUGAAAACUUGAUUAUAUAUCGACAUUUAUAGAUUUCGAGAUUCGAAACGAUAAUUUCAAUUAGAUAAGGGGAUAUAAGAAGGCCGAAAUUUUGAGCGUCAAUUCAGAAUCGAAGUAUGGAGAGUAAAAGUGAAUCGAUUUCAAACGCCAGAAAUUGAAUAAUUCGUUGUUUAAUAAAAUAAAAUAAUCAGCGUAACUAAUCUUAUCUAAAAAUUAAUUUUUCCACUUUCGCAUAAUUAAUACAGCUUAUUGGAGAUGUAUAUAGAGCUGAUAUACCUAUGUGGCCCACUUUUGUUUUCAAUGUCUUGAUUGUUUGUUCCCUUUUUUAACACUCCAUAAUAUAGAAAAAAUUAUGUACGAUAUAUAAUGUGAAAAGCAGAUUCUAGAAACGUAGUUGAAGUAUCACUCUAAUAAUGACUUUUACGAUUUGAUAUCUAAUCUUGGCUACAAUCUCCUUUUCGAUUAAUAUCGGUGAAUUAAUGUUAAAGAUUUAGUUUAUAAUCGUACUAUAUCUCUUCCACCAAGCCUAUAUUAGUAUUAAUUAGAUUAUUAUUAUUGUGCGAAAACUAAGACCCGCAGUAUCGGUUUUUCUCUGUCAUUUUUUCCUCUUCUUUCUCUUGAUUUCCUCGCGUGGAACGGAAAUUGUCCGUGAAGAUGAUUGUGAUUGUGAUGUUUGUAUCGAAGCGAUAACGGGAAGAAAGCUGAUUAUGGGUAUCAAUCGGCAAGUGAAACGAACGGUACUUCAUCGAUUAAAACAACAUCGAUCGUUCAUUUGGGACCAUCGUUUUCAAUUUAUUGUUCGGCAAUUCUAUGGAAUGCUUUGCGCACAAUGUUUCAUAAUAGAAGAGUAAACUAGAAUAAAGAGAUGGAAUUUUUCAACGAAUUGAGUUAAAAAAAUAUAUUUCUCGAACGAUAAAUUGAAAAAUGAUAUUUAGUUUGAAACAUAUUAUUGUGCACAGAGCAUGGGAUUGCUUGGAGAAAGGUUUGGUUUCGAUGCCACAAUACCAGAGGAUGGUCUCGAGUUCACGAUCGAUGCUGUAAUUCGAGUUUACUGUAAACUAACGAUCGUAACUCUGGUCGAAUAGCGUUUCUUGCGCGUUUCGACCGAGACAUAACGAGAGCCCCUUGUCCCAGGGAUGUACGAGCACGUUGAAUUGUGAAAGACCAGAUCGAUCUUGAAUUCUGUCACGUAAAGCGAAGACGACACGAAAUAAAUUGUAUUGCACGGUUUUCGAAACAUUGCGCGAUGGCCCGCCAUUUUUAUGUCACGCUCAAGGGUCACUCGUCUUGGGCAAUAACAUUUCAUGUUGAAAGAGAAGGAAAGAGAUUGAAACCUCGUUAAAAUAAUGGCUUCCCAGUAAAUAGAAUUUUCGCAAUUUUUAAUUAAAGAUAUCGAAGAUAUCGAAAGUAGAGAAAUUUUAGAGCGGUGAUUCGAAAAUUUCAAACUUUGAAAGUUAAGCGUCUGAAAAUUUCAAACAUCAAAACGUUAAAAACAUGAAAAAUUGGACAGUUCCGGAAUACGCAAAUCGGCCGCAGGCAAAAUUUUCAAAUAUUCGAAAAUCAAAACAAAAUUCAGUAACUUAAAGAUUCGGACAGUUACUAUUCAGAAAUCUUCUUGAUACUCGAGAUUUCAAAAAUAUAAUAAUCAAAAAAAAAUGCAAGAGUACGUAAAAUUUGCAAAUUUAACAAAUUUAAAAAAUUCUAAAUUCUAAAAAUCUGUUAGAAUCGAAUUAACUCUAUCGUCAGGAAAAAUGGAAGUUCUUCAAUUAUUGCACACGAUAUUGCAUCAGAGUUGUCGAAAAAAGAAGAAGGAUACUUGUAACGUAAAAAAAUCAUGGUGUUCGGAGUUUCAUAAAGGAACGAAAGUACAUCCCUGGAACGACCGAAUGCUUUUUUCCUACGUGUAUUUUCUUCGUAACUCGAAGCGGCCCCCAUGGCCGCGUUUUCCUUUCCUUUUUGCAUGGUGAACCUCGAUCGCUUUCUACGCGACACGAUUGUUUCCUUUCUUUCCUUUUUUUACGCUGUUAGGUGAGAGCGCGAUUGACGUUGCACCAUGAACUAACAUAUAGAUUAUUAUUAUUAUUCCUAUUAUUAUUAUUAUUAUUCCUAUUAUUACUUCUAUUAUCAUUACUACUACUACUACUACAGCUACUACUAUUACUGCUACUACUACUACUACUACUACUACUACUACUACUACUGCUACUAUCAUUAUUAUUAUCUUUAUUAUUAUAAUGUUCUCGUGUAGCGGAUCUAUUCAUUGAAAUCCUUUCCAAUGAAUACGUAUACUUAUACACACGCAGUUACUAAGACACAGUGGUGUAAUCGGCGUUAACUGAUCGAAAUUUAUUUCUUUUUCAUCAUUCAACGCGAUCGUAACGAUCAGACUGACGAUAAUAUUCCUGUUUAAACGACUAUUUACGCUCGGUUUCGCGGUAUCUUUGAACAUCUGGUAACUAUUUCCGGUUUGUCUGGUGAUUUGGAUCGUUUCUAGUGGUCUAGUUCGUUUUUGGUUGACCUGGUGUUUUUAGAAAGGCGAAAUCGAGCGUCAAAGUGCCUAAACUCGCGUUGGUCGCGAAUAGAAUGCGAUCCACGGCUCAGUCUUGACGAUCGAUCUCUCGUUUUUUAUGUAAAUACACAGAAGAGUCGGUUGGGAUAAUAAUAAACCAUUACCAGAUA